AUGACCCUUGAAGACUUUGAGCGCGAGCUUGCCGAGAGCAAGUCCCGCGAAGACUCCCACAAGCGCCGCCACCGCAGCCGCAGCAGGGACCGUGAUCAUCGUUCAAAGGAUAGCGAGCGCAGACAUCACCACCGACACCACCACUCCUCGAAGCACCAUAGCUCCCGCGACAAGGACGACGAUCACGAAUCGCGCCACAAGCACAAGCGCUCCCGCCGGGAUGACGACGACCACCGCUCCUCCCGCCGCCACAGAGACGACGACCGCGACGACGAACAUCGUUCAUCAAGGCGCAGACAUCAUGAGCGCAACCGCUCGCGGUCGCCGCGUGCCGACGACGAAGAUGCCUACCUCGAGAAGGGCACCAUGGACGCACCGCCUACCGAGGAUACCCUCGACAACCGACUGGCCGACGCGGAGGCUUCGUCUUUGAAGCGCGACUCCUGGAUGGAGGCACCGUCGGCAAUGGACGUUGAUUACGUGCAGAGGAGGAAGGAGCCAGAGCCCGACAAGACCAAGGCGACGAAGAAGGACUAUGACCUAAAGAUCCACGAUAAGGAGCUGAAUCAGCACCUGAGAGAUUUGCAGGAAGGAAAGGAAGACACUAGCCUUGUUGAAGAGCCGGCGCAGCAUGAAGUCAGCUAUACCUUCGGGGACAAUGGGUCUCAAUGGCGGAUGACGAAGCUCAAGAAUGUUUAUCGUGAGGCCAAAGAAAGCGGUAGGCCGGUUGAUGAUAUUGCACUGGAAAGAUUUGGAAGCCUCCGGGAUUUUGAUGACGCCCGAGAGGAGGAGACGGAGCUUGAACGCCGUGCAACUUACGGCAAAGAUUACGUCGGAAAGGAGAAACCAAGCGGGGAACUCUAUCAGGAGAGAAAGAUGAAGGCUGGCGUCCGGAGAGAUUCGAUUCCAAGUCAAAAUGAGGUACCCGAGCUUCCUCAAGGACAGAUCGUGCAAGAAAAGCCUCCCCCUGCAAAAGCUGCUGUGAUGGAUGCGACUUCUCUCAACAGGCUGCGAGCGAAGAUGAUGAAGGCCAAAUUGAAGGGAGGUCCAGAGGCAGAGAAGCUCGAGGCGGAAUACAAUGCAGCCAUGGCUGGUGCUGCCAACCGUAAGGAGCCUGAGGUUGUGGUGUUGGGCGCGAUGGAGAACAGGAUGCUUGCAAGCCGCAAGGGCGAAGUCAAGGACAUCGACAACAAGAGAGGCAGAGAGCGGGGGCUGGUCGAGGAGAACGAGGAUAUGUCCAUCGAGGACAUGGUUCGGCAAGAGAGGAGGACAAGAGGUCAACAAGGCGGAGAAGGUUAUCGCCUGGCCGAGACCAUCGCAAAGGACGCCAAGUUUGACAAUGACCUGGAUUAUAUGGAUGAGAAUGCCGGCAAGCUGGCCAAGCACGUCCAAAAAUCCAACAUCAACCUGAGAAAUACCGCCAUCAGCGACUUCCAGAAGAUGAACCGCAUCUUGGAUAGCUGUCCUCUCUGUCAUCACGAAGACACCAACACACCGCCGGUUGCGCCCGUCGUGUCUCUGGGAACUCGUGUCUAUCUCACUCUCCCCACCGAGCCUGAGAUCAGCGAAGGAGGAGCUUGUAUCAUUCCUAUUCAGCACCGCAUAAACCUGCUCGAGUGCGAUGACGAUGAAUGGGAGGAAAUCAGAAACUUCAUGAAAUGCCUCAUCCGCAUGUACCACGACCAAGGCCGCGACGUCAUCUUCUACGAGAACGCCGCGUCGCCACACCGCAAGCAUCACGCCGCGCUCAACGCCGUGCCCAUCCCCUACGACCUCGGCGAGACGGCGCCGGCCUUCUUCCGCGAAGCCAUCCUCUCCGCCGACGAGGAGUGGACCCAGCACACGAAGCUGAUCGACACGGCCAAGAAGUCGCGCGAGGGCAUGGGCCGCACCGCUUUCCGCCGCAGCAUCGCGAAGGAGAUGCCUUACUUCCACGUCUGGUUCGAGCUUGACGGCGGCAUGGGCCACAUCGUCGAGGACGCGAACAGGUGGCCGAAGGGAGAUUUGUUUGCGAGGGAGACGCUGGGCGGCAUGUUGGAUGUCGGGCCUGAGGUUAUCAAGAGGCAGGGCAGGUGGCAUAGGAAUGAUAGGAGGGUGGAGGGGUUUAGGAAGAUGUGGAAGAAGUUUGAUUGGACGAGGGUUUUGACGGAGGGGCAGUAG